GCCAUUUUGGCUCAAGCAAUUUUUGGCUCCGGCUUUGCAGCCGCGCCCCCGAAAAGCCCGCUUCCCACCUCGAACUGCCCGCUGUGCCUGCCGCCAUGCCUGCACCUCGCGCCCAGGCCGGCGCCCCACUGGCGCUGUGCCUGCUGGCCAUGGCCUUGGCCGAUCUGACAUGCCCCGGGGGCCCCGAGGCGUGCCAGGCGGAGCACGAGGACGUGGGCCUGCUGCAGAGUCUGCGGCAGAGCGCCCGUGCGGCGGUCGGCGGGAGGGCGCCCCCUGCCGAGCCCGAGCCCGACGGCAGCUCCGCCUCCAACCCCUGCGCGGGCACGAUGCCGACGGACCCGGCCUUCGACAGGUUUCCCUGCUUCUCAGACGGUGUGGUGCAGGCGUUGGAGCAGGCCGGCGGCAACAUCACCGAGGGCUUUGUGGGCGGCAUGGACGUGGGGGGUCGCAAGCCCUGGAACCAGACGUUCGCCGAGGGGGGCCUCUGCCCCGUCAACGUGCACUGGCACCUCGGCACCGAGCACCUCUCCAUGGGCGAGUUCGACGAGAGCGGCUCUGGCCCCGCCGCGGGCCACGAGGGCGAUAACGAGAGCGUCCGCCUGGGCUUCCAGUGCCACCUCUACGACGAGAGCGACCCCAAGUUCACCACCCCGUACGACUGGAAGUACUGCGACCCCUCAAUGCAGGUCGGGCAGACCUACGAGGUUCACUGGCCGCACUCGGCCGCUGGCGACUGCGGCACUCCAUACCAGUACCAGACGCCCUUCCUGGACGGCGUGUUCUGCAAUGCGGCCACCGUCCAGCUGUCCCCACUCCAGGACAAGGUCGGAGUGCACGGGCAGGUCUUUGUCAUCGUUAACGACGAGGACUAUUACUACCCCGACAUGAUGAAGGGCAUGAUCGUGGAGCCCAGCAGCGGCCUUGGCAGUGACAUCGCCUACUACACGGGCUCGACGACCGGCACGACCGUCAACAACGAGAUGUGCUCCGCGUACUCUCCCAUCACCUGGCAGGUCGACCGAAAGUGCCACCUCAUCUCGGCUUCGUCUUUCGACAAGCUGUGCGCCGACAUGAUGUCCCAGGCGGACGACAUGUCGGCGGACCUGCACGCGCACGGGUCCCGCGAGCUCGUCGCAGCCCCGCUGCAGGCCAACAACAUGGAGAGCUGAUAAUAAGGCGCAGCUUUCGUGAGUCCGUCGCGUCGACAACACGCCGCCGUCGGACCCGAAUGAUACAGUACAGCCAAAGUUUCUUCAAGCGCUUCCGAGUCAAGUUGAUUCCCCACUCAGUGUUCCCACGUCUCGCCAAUAGUUCUUUAGGGCUUCGCGCCCGCCAGAGCCGCGCUGCUCGCAAGUUUCGCGUUUGCAUAGCACUGGGGUUUCCCGAUCUCUCGCGGCUGCGCUGCAGAGCGGGCAGCGCGUUGCAGCGCAGCCGCGCGCGAGAUGUCGUCGUCCGCGCUCCCGCGCGGCGCGUGAUCGACGUGAUGUUUUGCCAGCCGCGUGCGGAAGAAAA